AUGAUCUCAUCAACUGUCCCUCAACCCGACAUCGCACCGAUCAACAGUACAGAAAUUAUGAGUGGUUCGGAACUGGAAGAGACGACGACGACCACCACCACAGAAAAGUCAGCCACUGAGGCCAUCAGCACAACGCAUCGAGAAGAGCAGGAGUCUUCUUCCAGCAGCGGUAGCAGCACCACAGCGAGCCCGGCUUUCGACGAGCCGACGACAGUCCUCGUUGAAGUGACUAAACGGGAUACCGUGACAGAGGUCCCGUUGACCACAUCCGCUCGUUUCAAAACAACUGUUGACUCGAAGUUCAAUGAUUUCAACUCAGAUCACAAAUGCGGAAUCCGGCCCAUGCAUCACAAAUCGAGGAAUAGAAUCAAGCGCAUUGUUGGGGGAAGCUCGGCCACCGAAGGCGAAUGGCCGUGGCAGGUCAUAGUGAAGGAAGUCAAAUAUCUGGGUACUAUCGCCGACUACAAAUGUGGAGGCGUCCUGAUCUCAGAGCGACAUGUUCUCACGGCGGCUCACUGCAAACCUCGAGCCUUCCUCAGCACCCUCGUGGUGAUCUUGGGACAGCAUAGACUCCACGAAAAGAACCUACAAACCAUCCCGGUGACGCGGAUGAUAGUCCACAAGCACUUCAACGAGGCUGACUUCGACAACGAUCUCGCUGUUCUCGAACUCAAGUAUCCCGUCGACUUCAGCUCGAAGAUUGUACCCAUAUGUUUACCAGAUCUGGAUGAGGAGUUCGUCGGGCGGAGCGGCUACGUGACCGGAUGGGGCAAACUCGCUCAUAAGGGUGGACUUCCGAAAGUACUCCAGAAUGUCAAGCUCCCGAUCAUAGCUCGUGAGAAUUGUCAACAAAUGUUCAUGAAGAGCGGGCACGUCAAGAAGAUCCAUGACUAUUUCCUGUGUGCUGGGUAUGAAGGAGGUCAACUCGAUGCUUGCGAGGGUGAUUCAGGAGGACCCCUUUCGGUACAGCGACCCAACGGUCAAUGGGUGCUCGCAGGAACAGUUUCGCACGGCAUCCGGUGCGCAGAGCCCAACCUGCCGGGCGUUUACAUGAACAUUUCUUACUAUAGAUCCUGGAUCGAACGGAUGAUGACUCUGCACAGGACUCUGAGAUCCCCCCAGAAGCCCGAGCAGUGGUUCCGUCCGCUUUGGAGCGUCGUCGACUUUUACAAGAAACGAAAAGCGAGUGUGGUAUACAUUUCCAAAUAG